AUGUCAUCCCCCAGCUCAUCAACAACAUCCCUCCCCUCCCUCGCCCCCAUAACAUCCCUCCCAACCCUGCCCACCGCCAGCCAAACAGCCACACUCGACCUCCUCUUCGAGCCCUCCGCCGACCUACACGCCCUCGCACUGCCGACUGUCCAGAGGGGAGAGUAUACGUCAUAUGGGGAGUUGAUUGAUGCUCUCAGGGGGGGGUUACUUACUUUUGCUGAGGAAGCUAUGGGAAGUGAGGGCCUGGAGGGGGAUGAUGGGGAGAAGGACAAGAGGGAGGUGUUGUUCCGGGUGUUGGGGAGUCACCCACGGUUGGGGGAAAAGCAUAAAACCCCUAAGAACGAUAACAACCACCAAAACAACUCGGAGGAAGACGACACAAAAGGGCUAAGCGCCCUAAGCAGAGCCGAACAAGCGCGUUUACGGUCUGGAGACGACGGGGACGACUGGGCAGAGGAACUGGGCCGGUUGAAUGCGCAGUAUGAGGCGCGGUAUCCGGGGUUGAGGUAUGUGGUGUGGGUGAAUGGACGAGGGAGGGAGGAGAUUGUGAGGGAGAUGGGGGAGAGGAUUGA